CCUCCUCAUCCUCAGUCUGGAUUCCCGAGCUCACUGCUGACUUACUAACCGGAGCUCAUGUGGGAAUAACAGAGCGGAUCCAUUCCUUUCACACCUUCCUCCGCUACCAGGGAGGACUCCUGGCACACCACUGGAAGGAUAUGAGGGGCACCCAGCUCUGAUCUCAUCUCUGCUUCUAUCAACUUCAUCUCAGGCUGGCACCAGCAUAUUUGGACCAAGAUGUCAGGGAAUGUGCCGGUUCCAUCAAUUCUGGUUAUUAUCUUUGGACUAGUAUGGACUAGUGUUGAACAGUGCGAGGAGGCAGCUAAAAUUUCAGAGAUGAACCUUGAUAUUAAAUAUAACCUCCAGUCCUUCACCGCUGAUACACAAAUACAUAAUAUCCUUCAGCACAAUGGCUACAUUUAUGUGGGGGCAGUGAACAAGCUCUUUGUACUGAAUGAAAACCUCACUAAAGUAUAUGAGUACAAAACAGGACCUAUAAUAGAGCAGUCUAACUGUGGAGGACCUUGUGAAGGCUGUCUGGACAAGGAAACAUCAUCAAAUGGUACUUGGAAGGACAAUGUCAAUAUGGCUUUACUUUUUGAAGACUUCUAUGAGGAGCAACUGAUAAGCUGUGGAAGUGUCCAUCAAGGAACCUGUCAGCGGCAUGUGCUCAACUCUAAAAAACCCUGGGACAUAGGACAUGAGGUUCACUGUUUGUUCUCCUCAACGAUUACAAAUGUCACAGAUUAUUGUCCUGACUGUGUUGCCAGUGACUUGGGAAGUAAAAUCCUUGUAAUGGAAAAGGAUCGGUUUGUCACAUUCUAUGUAGGCAGCACUCUUAGAGGAUCACCUUCCAGUCUUCAUUCGGUGUCAGUCCGGAGACUAAAAGAGACACAAGAUGGCUUUGAGUUUCUCACAGAUCAUUCCUACAUGGAUGUCUUUCCCAGAUUUAGAGAGUCAUAUCCGAUCCACUACAUAUAUACCUUUAAAAGUAAAGACUUUAUUUACUUUUUAACAGUACAGAAAGAAUCUCUGGAUUCACAGACUUAUCACACUAGAAUUGUCAGAUUCUGUGCUUCAGACUCCGAGCUACGCUCCUAUAUUGAAAUGCCUUUUGAGUGUUUUUAUACAGAGAGGCGUAGGAAAAGGAUGGCUAUGGGAGAGAAUUUCAAUAUUUUACAAGCUGCCACUAUCAGUAAGGCAGGGGAUACCUUGGCAAGUGAGACUGGCUUCAGUCUAGAUGAUGACAUUUUGUACGCUGUCUUUGCCCAAAGUAAGCCGGACUCUGCUGAAUUGACAAACAGGUCUGCUGUAUGUGCAGUAUCUAUAAAUAGGAUCAACGAGGUCUUCAGCCAAGGUGUAGGAACUCACACCAACUGUCUGGAGCAUUUUUAUGGAAGAGGUGGCCACAAUGCAUGUAUUAACAAGACAUAUCUGCGGAAUGCCUCCCAGUGUUCUUCUCCAAUUGAUGAACAUCGCGUUGAAGUUUCUAGCCCGCUAAAACGUCUUGACCUGUUUCUGGGUCAGUUCAAUAAUGUGUUGUUGACAUCCAUCUCAGUCUUCACUCAAGGCAGCCUCACCAUAGCCAAUCUAGGCACAUCUGGAGGGCGCUUCAUGCAGGUUGUGAUUUCUCGUUCUAAACAAACUCAGCCUCAUGUCAAUAUUGCCCUUGACACACAUCCCGUGACUUCUGCAGUGGUGAUCAAUGAGACAUCCAAGCAGAAUGAAUAUGUCCUAGUUAGCACAGAAAAGAAGGUAAUAAAGAUUCCAUUAGUAGGCCUCGGUUGUGAACACUUCAAAUCCUGCAGCCAUUGCAUCUCAACUCCUUCAUAUAUGAAAUGUGGCUGGUGCAAAAACCGUUGUACCAGAAAAAACAGCUGCAUUGGUGAUGAGUGGAUUCAGAAAACCUGCUCUCCAGUUGUGUCUGAGAUCAUUCCAACAUCUGCUCCAUUUGAUGGGGGUACUCAACUGACAAUAUGUGGAUGGGAUUUUAUGUUAAACUCUAUGGGCUUUCAGGAUAUUUCAAUUUUGAUUGGAAAAAAUAAAUGCAAAAUAGAUGUGAAGAACAGCAGUGAAAACAAGUUGCUCUGCAAGGUCAAUCAAGAAGCUACUGUCAAUUUCAACAUUAGCAGCAGUGUGUCCAAUGGAAAACAGACCGUGAACUUUACCACUUUCUCAUUUGUGAACCCUGUGAUAGCAGGCAUCACUCCUAGUUAUGGACCACAGUCAGGAAAGACGCUGCUUACCUUGAAAGGACAUUAUCUGAACAGUGGGAAGGACAGAAAAGUUUACAUUGGGGGAGAUGUAUGCACCAUCAAGAGUGUGUCCAGUACUGCCAUUGAGUGUUACACUCCAGGCAAAACAAUUGAUACAUAUCCUGUUACACUGAAAAUUGACAAUGCCCAUCGCAAGGCAAGCACAUCUUUUACCUAUAAAGAGGAUCCAUCCAUUUUUAAAAUCGAACCAACAAAGUCUUUCCUUAGUGGAGGAAGCACAAUCACAGCACAUGGGCGAAAUCUCAAUGCAGUUGCCUCACCAAAGAUGGUAAUCCAGUUAUCGGAACCAGAAAAACGUUAUAAUAUGACCUGUACCCACAGAUCUACUUCUGAAUUAGUUUGCGGGUCAACUCCAUCCCUGAAAGAUUUAAAUUUGAAGCCACCAAUUGUCACACAGGCUUUUUUCAUUUUUGAUGGAUUGAUAUCUUCUGCUUCUGGAUUCACAUUUGUAAUCAACCCUGUGUUUAAAACAAUUGAUAAGCCACUGGUUUUUUCCGGGGGCAGUAAAAACAUUCUAGAAAUUAAGGGAGAUUAUAUUGACUCUGAAGCUGUUAGAGGUGAAGUACUGAAGGUUGGUAAUAAAAGCUGUGAAAUUAUCCAGUCCAAAUCGGAUUUUGUCUCUUGCGCCAUUUCCAGUGAUCUGAUCAAAUCCAACAGUGAGUUAAAAAUAGAGCUGAUGCAAGAAGUUUCAUCCAUUGUCAUUGGCAAAGUAAUGUUUCAGCAAAAUCAAAACUACACUGGAAUAUUUUGUGGAGUUGUGUCCUGUGUGAUCCUGCUUUUUGUCAUACUUGGAAUUUUUUUUUGUGUGAAAAAAAGAAGACAGCUGAAAGAUAAAGGUGGCGAACGUGUCUUGUUUGAUGGCAGAGUACAUACCCCUCACUUGGACAGACUAGUGAGCGCAAGGAGUGUUAGUCCUACCACCGAAAUGGUAUCUAGUGAAUCUGUGGACUAUCGGGCUACAUUUCCAGAAGAUCAGUUUCCAAACUCGUCUCAUAGUGGGUCAUGCCGACCAACUCAAUACCCUCACCGGGACCUCUCUCCUAUAUUGUCAAGUGGAGAUUCAGACAUUGCCAGCCCAUUGUUGCAGACAUAUGUCCACAUUGAUAUAAAUGCCCUGAGUGCGGACCUUAUGAAAAAAGUUGAGCACAUGGUUAUUGGGGUGGAUCGCCUUCUUGUGCACUUCAAUAAAGUAAUUGGAAGAGGGCAUUUUGGAUGUGUAUAUCAUGGCACUCUUUUAGAUACAGACGGAAAGAAAAUACACUGCGCAGUCAAAUCUUUAAAUAGAAUUACAGAUAUUGAAGAAGUUUCCCAGUUUCUCACGGAAGGCAUCAUCAUGAAAGAUUUUACGCAUCCAAAUGUCCUUUCCCUGUUGGGCAUCUGCCUUCCCACUGAGGGUUCCCCACUUGUAGUACUGCCUUUCAUGAAACAUGGAGAUCUAAGGAACUUUAUCAGAAAUGAAGCUCAUAAUCCAACUGUGAAAGACCUCAUAGGAUUUGGUCUACAAGUUGCUAAAGGUAUGGAGUACCUUGCAAGCAAAAAGUUUGUCCAUCGAGAUCUGGCAGCAAGAAACUGUAUGCUGGAUGAGACAUUCACUGUCAAAGUGGCAGACUUUGGUCUUGCAAGAGAUGUUUAUGACAAAGAAUACUACAGUGUGCACAAUAAAACUGGAGCAAAACUACCUGUGAAAUGGAUGGCACUUGAAAGCCUUCAGACGCAAAAGUUCACUACAAAAUCAGAUGUGUGGUCCUUUGGUGUGCUGUUAUGGGAGCUAAUGACAAGAGGAGCACCCCCAUAUCCUGAUGUCAACUCAUUUGAUAUAACUAUUUAUCUACUGCAAGGACGAAGACUACUACAGCCCGAAUACUGCCCUGAUCAACUGUUUGACGUUAUGUUGAAAUGCUGGCAUCCAAAACCAGAGUCACGACCAACAUUUUCUGAAUUAGUUUCAAAAAUUUCAUCUCUUUUUUCAACAUUCAUUGGGGAGCAUUAUGUGCUUAUCAACACAACAUACGUCAAUAUAAAAUGUACUGGCCCCUAUCCAUCUCUUCUACCGGCUGAAGAAAACACAGAUUUCAAUCUGGAUACAUGACUUUUUCCUACCCACCCAUGUGACUGAGUCUUACUCUUGAACUUCAAGAAGUUAUUUUUGUCCAAGUACUUCUUCGAUGUUAUAUGUCAACGCAGUUGACGUUGCUUUCACUUUUGUUAUAUUGCACUAGAAGCAGACAUUUGUUCAUUAUUGUGACUAAAGACUGCUGUACAAAAGAUGGUACAUGAUACACAUUUUUAUUGACAUGUUUGGAAAAUGGUUACUUGUUUCUUGUGUUUAACAUUGAUAUUGUUUAUAUGUGUUCAGCACAUUUCUAGGAAAGCCGCCCCUACUGAUGGUGGGAAGUGAAUGGCUAUUCUCAGAACAUCUCCAAAACAAUGUGAGCUCUAUGCUGUAACGUCUGUAUAGCACUUUUAUCUAGGGAGAUAGCUGCUGACUGUAGUUGUGCAAAAUUCUCAGUCAGAAACUCGAAAAAUUGGUGGACAAUAAAUGAAGAACAUGUUGUUACUGGAGAAGAAAAAAUAAUCAGAAUUAAGUUGAACUGCUAGAUUAAAAGAGCAGUAAUGAGAAAAAAUGUUGGGAGCAGAGGACUUAACAAAACUCAUAUAAUAGUACAAAUAAUGGUUACUAUCCCAAGGUAAUCUACUACAGUCACACUGGCAGUAACUGCUUUAUAAUACAGCAGUGAUGCACCUGUCUUGCUAUGGGUGAGUUAGGAAGACCAAAGAUAGUCUUGAAACUGAAGCGAGCGUGCAGAAAAUAGGAGUUAGGCUGGCCAUACAUGUUCAAUUCUCUUGUACAAUUUCCCUUUAAAUUUACCCUAAACUAUGUAGCGCAAGGGCCUGCGUAAUUGUAUACAAUUGAAAGUUGUUAAGUUUUGACCUCAUAUUAUAUGGUUUUUGGUAACUCCAAAGGAAAAGCCUUAGACAUUAUCUGAACAUAUCAGAAAGAGCACUAGAUUCUCGGCCGUAGUGUGCUGUAGUUUCUGGAGCAUAUAGCAUCAUUUGCUAUAAGGUAUGAUAUUUUCAUGACGAUGCCUGAAAGAAUUGCACCUUCUGUGCCCAUGGUACCUUAACCAGAGGCCCCAUUACAUUUCUGUGUAUUAGAUUUGGGAGUUGAAAAAUUAAAGAAGGUGGUAUUUUUAUAAAGGAUAACAAAAUGAAGAAACCAUGCAUUAGUCUACAAAGCAAAUGUCCUCAGGGACCAAACGUAAUAAAGGGUUUGUGUACGGGUGCGAGUUUACCAUUGGUGUUUUGCUAGAGCCAAGUUCUGCUCACUGCAAGUAUACAGAUCCAAAUCUCCAUGAAAGUUUCACUAAACCCUUUAGGGCAGUGGUUCUCAACCUUUCUAGUGUCGUGACCCCUUGAUAAAAUUUUGUGGUGGGGACCCCUAACAGUAAAAUUAUUUUCGUAGCGUGGGUUGUCGGCACCCAAGACAAGAAAAGGAAUUUGGACAUUUCGCGCUCCCUGAGUCCCUUCCACUCGUACAGUAUUAAAACCCCUUCUGGUACAUUUUAGGAUGUGCCACUAUUUCUCUU